UGCUUUGAUUCAUGGAGUUGCGGAGUCUCAUUUCUGGGGGUUUUGGAGAACAAUUAAAGGGAACAGACAAGAGCGCAUGAAGGUGGAGAAGAUGAACGUAGAGGCUCUGAGCAGAGCAGAGCUGCUGACUCUCUUGAGUAUUCUGGAGGGAGAACUGGAAGCUCAGGAUGUGGUCAUACAUACCCUCAGAGCCCAACACAGGGACGCCUUCAUGCAGGAGCGUUACGGACAGUACGACCUCAGCGAUCCAUUCCUGGCCCUGCAGCGGGACAGCGAAUCCGCGGAGCGACCAAACACACUCACGCCGCCUCAAACACACCUGCAGGCCCGGGCUGUGGGCCCAAAUCCUCUGGCUGUUCUGAAACUGGUCAUGACUCACUGCAAGAGGAUGCAGGAGAGGAUGAUGGGACAGUUUGCUGCCGCCGAGAGCAGACACAGGAGGAUGAUAGCUGAUCUGGAGGAGGAGAAACGGCGGCACGCCCAGAACUCUGCACGGCGUGCUGAUUAUACCUUCAUGUUGGAAACAGAAAGAGACAAACUGCUUCAACAGCUGGAGGUGGAGCACGCUGCGGUGCAGAGGCUGGAGAAGGAGCAGGUCCAGGUGGUGAGCAAGGUGGAGGCGUCGCUGUCCCAGCAGCAGCAGCUCUCCUCCAACCUGAGCCUGGAGCUGCAGAAGGCCAACAGCCAGGCUCAGGAGGAGGCCCAGAAGGCCUCCCAGCUGCACGCACUGCUGCGAGAAGAGACGAGCGCUCUCGAGACGCUCCGGGCCGCCCUGGAGAACGAGAGGAGCGGGGCGGCCCGGCUGGAGGCCCAGUCGGAGCGGCAGCUGGCCGAGUUCGACGCGGAGCGAGGGCAGAUGAGAGCCAGGCUCCGAGCAGAGGAGGAGAGGAGGAAGGAGCUGGAAAAACAAGUGGAAGAGCUGAGGGAGAGCUUGGCUCAAGAAGACACGAAGCAAGCUGUAACGGAGACGACGCCGUCCCCGGUGAUGGUGUCCACCUCUGUUCAGACUGAACCGGAGGCGAAGACAAACGUUGCUCCUAAAGCCGCCCUGGCAUCGAAGGCCAAUGGCCUCAACGCUCUUAAAGAGACAGACUCGACGACGCUCGACGGGAGAGGGGCAGAAAAUGGAGUGGAAAACGGAAGCGGCGUGCCUCCUCAUUCGCCUCUUCACCCUCCCCCCCACUCCCCCUCCAGCACGGCUUCGUCCUCCCUCUCCUGCUCCCCCGUGACCUCUCCGGUUCUGGCCAAGCGUCUGGGCAGUCCGAGCUUCCUGCCGUCCUCCUACCAGGCCGGGGUCAACCAGCGCUUCCAGGCCGCCCGGCACAAGUUCCAGAGUCAGGCCGAGCUGGAGCAGCAGCAGCACGGCGGGCCCCUCUCCCCCAGAGACCUCUCCCCGACCACCUGCUCCACCCCUCCGCCGGAGCACAGCUCAGCCAAGCAGCUGGCCCGCAACACCGUCACCCAGGUGCUGUCCCGCUUCACCAGCCAGCAGGCCGGAGUCAAGCCGUCCCCGAUCAGCAGCUCUCCAUUCGGCACAGACUACCGCAAUCUAGGGUCUCCUCCGCCGCGGUCCCCUUCCUCUGGGCCCUUUUCUCCAGGGUUUCGCUCUCCUCUCACUCCUCGCUCAGAGAGGACCCACCCGCUAAGUCCAGCCAGGAGGCCAGGCGUGAUGAGCCCGACUCCAGGGUCGCCGGGUCUCUCGGCUCGGAACAACCUCUUCCCAGAGCUGACGGGGAACUGUGGCCACAACAACAACAACCAGGAGGGAGCCACGGAAUCGGACCUGGUUUUAUCCUCCAGUAGUUAAUAACCAAGUUAUACGAACUAACUGCUAAACAAAUGAGCUGAAAAAUCAACUGCUACUGUAAUUUCCCUGUUCAAGCCCCCUAAAACAACUAAUCAAGACACUUCAGCUGCAGCGUUUGCCACAGCCCUACCUCUAACCUGAGACACUAUUAGAAAAAAGGCUAUCUGAAAAUAUACUCUGGAUUCCUUUAAUAAAUUUAGUAUCUUGUUUUAACACUGCUGUUUUGAUGGUAGAGUUACUAAGUUUAACAGUUUAGAAUUGAAAUAUUUAUGAGUUAUGUUUCAUCUAAUAUUAAAAAUGUUCAGAGACCGUAUGUAGAAAAGAAGCAGCUCUGGUAAUUGUUUUGCUUUUUGAAAGAAAAGAUAAUACAAGGUUUUCACGGAUCAGUUAUCACUCAACCUGUCUAUCCGGUUCCUAUAAAAACACUGUUCAACCUUACCCAAAAAGAAAAAAACAAAUGUCGCUACCAUUUUACAAGAAAGGAUACAAAAAGGGUUUAGAUUUUUCUCUACGAGUCGUUAGUCUGUUUAUGAUAGACUAUACAAAUCAUUUACUGCUGUACAAAUGUUCAGUGUUGUGCAUUUCCUGGUAAUGAACAUUGCAUGCAUUUGYCCUCACGAACAGUCUUGUCUAAAAAAGGGAUAUGUUUUGCACUACAUGGCUUUCUUCUGCUUUUUUAUUCAUCAGUGCUUGAUUUUGUGUCACACAAAUCAAGAUAAAGCUACACUGUCAUGCUGUAUUUUCUACAAAUGAGUUAUUCAUCAUUUUGAAUAUACUGGCUAAUAAAAUUUUUAAGAUUUCUACUAUAAAUA